AUGGGUCCCGAUCCCGUCAGCUCGUCAUCUCAUGGCGGCGCGCUUUCGUUGCCGCCACUGGCGCUCCCGCCGCCGGUUGGCGAGCCGCACCAUUGGAGCGCCACGGCGGCGGCUACGGCGCUGCAUUCUGUUCCAAGUUACCAAUCUCUUCGGAGUGGUAACCAGCACUCGCUUAGGAGUUACCAGCACUCCAUUCAGAACGAUUCGGCCGGGGGGCUACUGGGCUCCUCAACCAACUCGCCGCACUCAACCUCCCUCAACUCCCUCAACUCCCUCAACUCCAUGGAGGGUUUCUCCUUCACCGCGCCGCCACUUCCUUUCUCCGCGCCGCAUCAUCACCCGCAGCAUCAGCAUCACUUUCAGCAGCAUCCCUCGUCCGUCCCUGGUGGCGGGUCGUUCCCGGGUAAGUCCUUCCCCGCGCCCGUCCCCGCGCCCGUCCCCGCGUCCGCGCCGUCGCCGCAUCGCUCGCUGCCUCUCGACAUGAUGCCGCCCCGGAAGUCGUCGCCGCGUCUCGUCGUCGAACUGACCGGCGAUUGGGGUUUCACCGCCGCCGACGUCGCCGCCGACGCCGCCGCCGCUGCUUAUGCCGCCGCAGCUUCCGCCGCCGCCGCCUGCUCGGACAAUUCGACGAGUCUCUCCGCGAACCCGCCACGCGCGUCCCUCGCGCCCCAUCACGCCGCAUUCGCCGCUUCUGCGUUUCCGCGCGCGCAGCAGACGCUACGCUCCGCCGUCGCCCUGUCCCCCUGCGCAGCUCCGCGGACUCCGCGGGCUCCCCACGCAGUGGCGGCGCCUGUUCAGCCAGGCGCGGAUAGUCCCCGUGUUGCUCCCCCCAGUGCUUCUCCGCCCGGUGCCGCUCCCCCCGGUACUCCUACUCUCCCGCCCGCUGCUUCUCCCCCCGGUGCUGCUCCGCCCCGUACUCCAACUCUCCGCGGGGUUCAGCCGCGCCCCAGCGGCUGCCGCGCGAGCAGCAGCGCCGCUGAUUCCUCCGCAGCUGCUGCAGCGCGAGCAGUCGCCGCUCCGACCAUCUCCACCCCCGCGACCAACCGCGCCGAUCUCACAACCGCGUCCGCCUACGCCGCCGCUUCUGCUGCUGCCGCUUCUGCUGCUGCCGCUUCUGCUGCCGCCGCGAGAACUGGUUCUUCUGGUGUGGACGUGCGGGGGAUGUGGGGCAUGGAUGGGCGUGCAUGGAAGCGAGCGAGGAUGAUGGGGACGUGCAAGGAGGAGGCGCGGGAGGAGAUGAUCACCAGGUGCAGCAGCGAUGGCACUGAGAUGUCGGAUGAGACACCCUCACCGCCGCUGCCGCCGCACGAACAGCAGCAGCAGCAGCAGCAGCAGCAGCAGCAACAACAGCAGCACCAGCAGCAGCACCAGCAGCAUCGGAAUUCAAUGAACCAUGGAAGCAACACCGUUCCCUCCUCGCCUGCAUUGCCUGCUUCUCCUGCCGUAAUCCCCUCAGCCGCCUCUCCAGCUCCUCCUGCCGCCCUGUUUGCCGACGUGCCGGGUGUUUCCGCCAAUGCCGGGUGCGAUCUCCCUGCUCGUGACGCUGCUUUUGCCGGUCGGAACUGCGCCGACUGGCCUGCAGAGAGGGCAGGAGUCGUUGAAGAGUGUCACGAAGCACACUCGUCGAUUGCCGAUAGAAAAAAUGUUGCGGACACUGCUGCUGCUGCUGCUGCUGGUGUAUACCCUGUUGGUUCGGUGCUUGUGCCGGAUUCGGAGCUUUUGGCGUGUCUGAACAGCCUCACCUCGUGCCUGUCGUGGCCGGACCUGACUCUUCUGGAUGCCGAAGCUGGUGCCGGUAUGCCAUUGGGCUGGCCUGUUAAAGUUGGUGCUGUUGGUCACGCUGCAUGCAUGAUGGGGCGUUUGGGAGCAGACAUGGGAGAGCUGAUUGAUGGUUGCGAGGGUCCAAGAGAAGACGGUGAGGUGCUCGCUCUAUGGGAAAAGACUCGGAGUCCCACUGCUGCUACCACUACGGUCAGCGGGACUCGCGCCGCUUGGAGCGGCGAGCCUCAGGCGGAACCUGGCAUGCUGACGCGCAGCGGAACGAGUAACAGCGUUUCGACGGUCGCAGCAUGGGUGAGGGGCGCAAACGGGGGCUCAGCCGGAGUAUCAGACUUUGGCGGAGGCUCAGGCGGAGUAACAGGGGGAUGCUAUCAUGGCAGAAGCACAGGGGGAGGCUAUGGCGGAGUCUCAGGGGAAGGCUCAGGGGGAUGCUUUGGCGGAGGCUCAGGCGGAGGCUUUGGCGGAGGCUUUGGCGGAGGCCUGCUACUAAGCGGAAGCGCUGGCGCAGGGGCCCUCUCGGGGGACCCGACUCGGUUCAACGCGGCGCCGGCCCGGAGUGUGCUCGGAUCAACAGUGUUGCCGUUUGCGUCACACGGGAGACCCGAGUUGACUCACACGUCUCCUAGCGCGCUGCUGGGAUCGCCGCCAUGGUAUUCCGGUGUCGGCGGCGGCGGCGGCGGCGCCGGUGGUAGUUUUAGCAGCAGCGGCAGACACGGCGACGUUCCCCCGGAGCAGUUCCUCCGAUGGACCAACGAGGAGGACCGUGUGUUGCUGCGCCACGUCACGCGCUACGGAACGCGCAACUGGGGGCUGUUGCAGCGAAGCCGCUCGCUGCCUCUGCGCGACAACAAGGCGUGCUGCAACCGCUUCAUCCUCCUCAAGAAGUGA